CACUACUUAUAUAUUUACAUUUGCGUAUAUUGCGUUUAUGGUUGAACAUUGACCACUGGACGGUUGGGUGUAUGGAAAGGGUCGUGCAUCUCACCACACCCUACCCUUCCCCCCGAUUCCACCAUCGAUGGAGGCUCGAUAAUGUCCAAAAUCGUCUUGGACCGGCCAUGAGAGAUCCCAGUCUGGUCAGACGAUUACCUUCCAACGCCAUCAGUCUCAUCCAUCGCCUUCACGAUCCUCGAUCCCUUCGCUUCGCCGCCGCACCAAAUUUAUUGAUGGCCGACGACGCGAAGGCGACUAGUAGACCGCGGGAGUCGCCGGCGGUGGAGAACGAAAAGAAAGACGAAGCUCCGCCGGCCGAGAAGCUCCCGCCGCCGCCUGAGAAGCCGUUGCCGGGAGACUGUUGCGGCAGCGGAUGCGUUCGGUGCGUGUGGGACGUUUAUUAUGAAGAGCUUGAAGAGUACGACAACCUUCUCAAGAACAAUUCCAAGCCGUCUUGAUUCCUUUUCAUGUUUUGUUUAAUAUUGGAGAUGGAUUUACAGAUUUGGAUUUGUUUUUGGUUAUUGUGGCGGAGAAAUUAUUGGGGCUGUGAAUUGGAAUUAUUGAUUGGGGAACUCAAGUAUAUCGAUUAUUUUGGUCCUCUGUGGUUCAUAUUUCGGGAUUCUUGUUUACUGUCUUUUCUGCUCUUGUCAAUUCAAUUCAUUCGAAAAUUAAUAAUACUACCAAUUGAUAUUUGAAAGCA